UAAUGUUGUUAAAGGUUGGGUACGGAACGUAUUAUAACCUCAAAAUCGUGUUAAAAAAAAUCAGUUAUUUCAGUAAAUAAUCAGAAUUAAUUAUUCAAUAUGAGGUUGUAUCCUUUUUUACGUGCAUCUCCAUCAAACAACAAUGCAAGAGCGCCACAGAGAGAGCCAGUGCCUUUUCAAAUGUUACUGCCUCUGUCAUUAAAGAAAACCGUAUCUGGUAAGGGAGAUAAGCUAAAUGAAGCUGCUUGUAUGCAGGAAAUGGCUUUAAUGUUCGCUUGUUUCAAGAAAAGCGAAUUUAACCAACAGGAAUGUUUGAAAGAGGUGUCUGAAUUUAAAAGCUGCUAUAAGUCAUAUUCAGAAAAAAUGUCUACACUAAGAAAACAAGGCAAAAAAGGUAUUUUGGUGCCUGGUGAGAAGAAAUUGACGCAUAGACAAAUGAAUGAGCUUCUGAAAAGGUUUCCACCGAAGAAGUAAUUGAUUAGAAAAAUUAAUUUAUAUUUAGUUUAUUGUUAUAGUUGUAAUAAAAUAUUAAAAGAGA